AUGGCUAUGGAAUCUGCUGCCGUGGAUGCCCAGAACCAGGGUCCGACCAUUCUGGCCGUUUGCUGGCUUUUGGUCAUCAUUCCUGGCUUGAUGGUUGGGCUACGACUUUGGUGCAAGGUCAGACUGAGCAAGAGAGGCUUUGGCCUGGAUGAUGCUAUCAUCUGCGUCGCUUGGUCUUUGCUACUGAUCUAUACGGCUCUUAUCACCCGGUCUGUGAAUCUGGGAGUAAUUGGUCGACAUGUAUUCGCCAUCGAAGACCAGGACAUUAUACCACCAGCUCUCAAGCUUCUCUACAUCAGUUUCGUGAUUAUCAUCUUUGGGUGCGUCUUCAGCAAGACGUCCUUUGCUUUUACUCUCUUGCGUAUCGUGACCAAAACUUGGAUGAAGGUUCUCAUCUGGUUCAUCAUUGUCACGAUGAAUGCUAUCAUGUGGCUUUGUGGUAUAUGCUAUCUGGCUCAGUGCAAGCCCGCUGCAGCACUUUGGAACGCUAAGCUUCUAGCCACCGCCAAGUGCUGGCCAACAGAAGUGUUUGAAACUAUUGCUCUGGUUGCUGGAGCAUACUCCGGGUGCAUGGACGUGAUUCUUGCUCUUCUUCCGUGGGCGGUGAUUUGGGAUCUCGAAAUGAAGAAGCGAGAGAAGGCUGGCAUCGCACUAGCCAUGAGUAUGGGUGUCAUUGCGGCCAUUGCUGCAUUCAUCAAGACCUCAAAACUGGUCAAUGUUUCCCAGGUCCAGGAUUUUACCUGGUUUUGCUCUACCAUCACAAUCUGGGCCUCUGUUGAGACAGGUCUGACAAUCUUCGCCGCCUCCAUUCCCGCCCUUCGGGUCCUCUUCGUUCGAAUCCGCUCCAGCUAUGACCAAUCAGGUUAUCCUUCCGGCAGCUAUAAUGGAGAAGAGAUCACUUUGAAAGCCCAUAGGGAAGGGAGCAGUGCUCGGAGUGUCGUCAGUGAGCAUGGGAUCAAUAUGACACAGGAGGUCACUGUCGAGCAGAAUGUGGCCGGCGUGAGGCGUCUAGAUGCUUAG